AUGACGAUGAAAGGCCUGCCCAGCAGCCGCAGCCACCACCACACGGUGACCUGCGACCCCUCUUAUGACUCCAUGACCCUGGGGCAUUCGGACCGUCGGCCCUACUUUCUGAACCCUGGGGAGGCUCACCCCGCUGACCACCCCUACUACGCCGAGCGCAACUCCUUCCAGUCUGAGUGUGGCGCCUACACCGAUGUGGCCAGCUGCACUUUCCCUCGCAGACACUACAGCUCCCACCACGAGCUAAAGGAGGAGUGCAGCGCAGUGGUGCCUUACACAGGGGGGCCAACAGGGAGCAGUAAAGGAGGCGGAGGAGGCGGCGGUGGUGGAAAUAACAACCGUAUCCCUCCUAAUCUGUUAGAGCAGUUUGAGCGGCAGGCACCAGUGCGACGUGACGGCUACCACACGCUGCAGUACAAACGUACCGCGGUAGAGCACCAGCGCAGUGACAGCCCUGGCCGAAUCCGCCAUCUGGUGCACUCCGUCCAGAAGCUCUUCACCAAAUCCCACUCCUUGGAGGGGCCGUCAGGGUCUGGAGGAGGGAGUGGUGGGAGAAUGAAUGGUGGCAAAGCCAGCCCAGAUGACCCACCCUCCUCCUCUGGCACCCUGAAGCACAGCAAGCGCAGCAAGAGCAAAGAUCGCUCCAAGUCCGAGCCCAAGAUGCGCACUGCCAUCUCAGGCUACUGGAGCUCAGACGACACACUGGACCGGGAGGUGUGUCUCUACCACCACCAGCACGGGGGCAGCGGUGGGGGCCCGCCCUCUGGGGUGAUGACCAUGGGGCGGCGCCCGGACAAGUCCCAGUCGCAGUACUUCAUGGAGUCCUACAACACCAUCAGCGCCCACUCCCUCAAGACGUCACGCAGCAACAAUGAUGUGAAGUGUUCAACAUGCUCUGCAGGCAGCAGUAGCGCGCUGCCGCUGGUGAGCGGACUGGACACCCAGCUGCAGCUGAAGAAGAGCUCGUGGUCUUCAACCCUGACAGUGAGCAGGGCCAGAGAGGUCUACCAAAAGGCCUCAGUCAACCUAGAUAAAGCCCUGGUGAAAGCUGAGCAGGGACGCACCUGCCACUUCCUACAGGUGCCCCAGGAUGAGUGGAGCGGUUUCUCUCCGCUGGGGAAAGACGAUGAGAUCCCGUGCCGGAGGAUGCGCAGCGGGAGUUACAUCAAGGCCAUGGCAGAGGAGGACAGCGGCGACUCGGACUGCAGUCCCAAACCCUCGCCUAAGGUCCAGGCACGGCGGGCCAGCUACCUGAAGGCCACCCAGCCGUCCCUCACUGAGAUGACCACACUCAAGAUUUCCACAGAGCAUUCUCCCAAGCUGCAGAUCCGGAGUCACAGCUAUCUACGGGCGGUGAGUGAGGUUUCCAUCAAUAGGAGUCUGGACAGCUUGGACCCGGCAGGGCUGCUGGCCUCGCCAAAAUUCCGCUCGCGAAACGAGAGCUACAUGAGAGCCAUGAGCACCAUCAGCCAGGUGAGCGAGGUGGAGGUGAACGGGCAGAUUGAGGCGGUGUGUGAGUCAGUGUUCAGUGAGAUGGAGUCGCAGGCGGUGGAUGCCCUGGACCUGCCCAUGCCGGGCUGCUUCCGCAUGCGGAGCCACAGCUACGUGCGUGCCAUCGAGAAAGGCUGCUCCCAGGAAGAGGAGGAGGGAGGCGUCAUGGUGGGCACCAGGAGGGCCAUCUCGCCCCCACGCACCACCACCACUGUCAGAACCAUCCAGAGCAGCACAGUGUCAUCAUGCAUCACUACCUACAAGAAGACCCCUCCCCCCGUCCCGCCGCGGACUACCCCAUCCAAACCCUUCAUAUCCAUCACAGCCCAAAGCAGCACCGAAUCGGCUCAGGAUGCCUACAUGGACGGGGGCAGCGGCUCGCGGUCGGGCAUCAGCUCCCAGCAUGGCCUGUCCAACUCCACGGAGAGCAUCGACAGCAUGAAGGCCCUGACGGCCGCGAUCGAGGCGGCUAACGCUCAGGUGCACGGCCCCGCCAGCCAGCACGUCACCAACAGCACCAUCACCAUCACCGCCACCGCUACCACCUCCGCUGUCGCCCACGUCUCCGCCGACAACAAGGCACAGAAGGAAGCACUCCGCAAGUGCCUCUCCAUAGGGAUCCAGGUGGACCCAGAGGAAGCAGGGCCAACAGAGGAACAGUCCAAGUUCCAGUCAAUAGGCAUUCAGGUGGAGGAUGAGCGAUGUUACCGCAGGAUGACGCGCUCCAACAGUGUAACCACUGCUGUGCAGGCUGACCUCGAUGACCCUGCAGACGUCCCAGAGCUCCCACCACGCCACUGUGCCACCAUGCCGCGGCAGCACUCCCGUGAUGCUGCCACCUCCACCGUCAGUAUUCAGGGCUCCGGGAACCACUACCAUGCUUGUGCCGGGGACGACUAUGGGGACGUGGGCUUCGACCCGUCCAUCCUGCCCCCUCCAGACCCCUGGAUGGACAGCGUGAUUGAGCCUGUGGAAGAGGCCCUGGAGGCCGUGGGCCGAUCGGUGUGUCCCCGCGAUGGCCACUGGUUCCUCAAGCUGUUGCAGGCCGAGACAGAGCGCAUGGAGGGCUGGUGUAAACAGAUGGAGCAGGAUGAGACGGAGAAUGAGCUGCCUGAAGAGAUCCUAGGGAAGAUCCGCAGUGCAGUGGGGAGCGCCCAGCUGCUGAUGUCCCAGAAGUUCCAGCAGUUCCGGGAGCUGUGUGAGGAGAAUCUGAACCCAAAUGCACAUCCGCGGCCCGUGUCCCAGGACCUAGCAGGUUUCUGGGAUAUGCUUCAGCUGUCCAUCGAGAACAUCAGCCUGAAGUUUGAUGAACUCCACCAGCUCAAAGCCAACAACUGGAAACCUCUGGACCCCCCAGAAAUUAAGGAGAGAAGGAUGCCCCCUCCCGUGCCAAAGAAGCCCCAGAAAGGCCACCCUCCUCUGGCUAGGGACCGCUCCCUGGAGAGCUCUGAGCGCCAGCGCCUGGAGGCUCGCAAACGCCUGCUGGCUGCCAAGCGUGCCGCCUCGGUCCGACAGAGCUCUGCCACUGAGAGCGCAGACAGUAUCGAGAUCUAUAUCCCUGAGGCUCAGACCAGACUAUGAGACACACAAACACGUGUACCACAUGCACACACACACCUGUAUAAGACGUGACACCUCACACACACACACGCAGAAAUGCUCGCAGCAGCAACACUGAAUGGUGAGGGUAGGGUGCUAACACAACAUCACCACAUCUUUGUUGACUUCCUACAGCAGGGUGAGGUCGGUUACGGCAGAGUCGUUCCAACAAGACUUGGACAUUUAUUUAUUUAUUUAUUCCCCCCAUUUCCUAUUCCCAGCUUUGAUGUAGCACUCCCUCCCUCCCCGCCCCGUACUCCCAAAGAAACACCUAAAAAAUUCCCUUUUUCCUUUCAACCAAUACUCCAUCAAGUGACCUGCUAUCACAAAGUGAGCCAGGUGUAGCACAGCAGCGAUGCUUCAUGUAUCACAUUUCAGGUGCUGAGAAAGACAGCAGAGGAGAACAGGGAGGGAAGAGCAUGUGUGUGCACGAGAAUGAAACACACACACACACACACACACACACAUACAGACACACAUACACGAAGGCAUGACUGAUGCAUGUGAUCUGUUUCUGGCAGAGAGCAGAUUACUCUUAAGACCUGUAGAUGCAUAUUUGAUAUUUAUCCCAGAGACGGCUCACCUCUACAGGAAGCAAUCAGAUGUCGUGUCAGCAAAACACUAGAGAUGAUCGUGCCACAUGUGCUAAACAUGUGGUACUAAAUCUCUGGCGCCUCCGAAAAGCUAUAUUUUUUGUUUGAUAUUCUAUGCUUUGUUUGUAUUAUCAAAUUGCACUAUUAUGUUAACUCACAUUUUCUGUAUCAAGGUACCACAAGACUCUGAAAAUACCGUAAGCUUAAAAGUUUUUUAUUUGUAUCAUACAUUUAAAAGCAGAACAGGGUCAGGAGAGGGAUUUGGUGAAAAACACUGGUCGACAAGAGAAGAAAAUCACAGUGUUAGAUAGUGACACAAUUCUCCCUCUGUUUGAAAGUGGGUCCUUCCAGUGGCAAGAGGUGACCCAGGAGAGGAGGGAUCAAAAGGUCAGGCGGUGCUCCCCCAGGUGAGGCCAAAUGGCUAUUCAACCAGGAGCAGAUUUCGAGGCUAUUAGUUUGCAGCGAGCGCAGUUUUCUGAAAGAAUCAGUGUUGUGUAGUAUCACAAACCUUUUCUCUGUGUGUGUGCGUGUGUGUGUGUGCGUGUGUGCAUGUGUGUGUUUUUACUCAACUGCUCAUUUCAGAAGUGCUUCCUAUUUUCUAGGUUCACUGGGGCCUAGUUAUUACAGAUGAUUAAAGUAGCAGCAUUGACAAACUGUAAACAAGCCACCCAUCCUGUCCAUCAUUUUAAACUGAGCAAAACAUGUUUGUAUAAAGAGCAUAUUAUGACAUUUCAUGCAUGCUGACACAAAGUAAUUGAUAUUUUUGUCUUCGCCAUCCUGUACCUUUUUUCCUUUUUUUACUGUUUUCAUUCUCUCUCAUUUUGUGUCUUGGCAUUUCAGAUGAAAUGAUCAUCGAAAAUACUGAUAUCUGGUACUAUAUUGGUCAUGGUACUAUAUUUUAUUAUGCCAUUUUCAGAAAAAAAAGGUUUAUUGACAGUAUUGAGACUAAUGGACUGAAAAGGGACUUUUUUCUCCUCACUGUGUGCACUAUCUCUGCCUCCAAAUGAAGCAAUUAUCCGAAGGUCCUAUAAAAUCCAAUUUCUAAUGUUUUGUAUUCAUGUUUUAUUUAUUGAUUAGGAAAAACUGACUGUUUAUCAACAUUGUAAUUGUUAUAAUGCACUGACGACAAGGCCCUUAUACUGUGUUUAUGUUUUUUUUUAUGUUGGCUCUUUAGCAUGACAGGCACCUUUGACUUUCUGUUUCAGUGAUCAGCCUUAAUUUCUAACAUGAUAGUCGAGCACAACAACAGCCUCAGGGGAAGAAGAAAAUGUGUGCGUGUGUGUGUGUGUGUUCGUUUGUUUGUUUGUUUGUGUGAGAGAGGGAGAGAGAGCGAGAGAGAGAGAGAGAGAGAGAGAGAGGAAAUGAUUGUCAAUGUAACUACAUGUGACUGUAUGUGACCCAUGAAUAGGCUUUGUCUCUUACUGUAUAUAACCCCAGUCACCAGGAUGGGCCAUGACCUUAAAUAAGGGAGUCAUGCCACUUGCGGUCCAUGCCAUCUUCUGAAUGAUGUUUCUAUUCCAGACCUCAGCCCUAACCAGUUCAUCAUAACAAGGUAUUUUUGUCAGCUGCUUGAAUGUGGAGACAAUCUUAAGCCGGUUUACCGUCACAUCAUAGUUGUGAUAACAGAAUAGCAGGAAUUUGUGUUGUCCAGUCUUCUGUUUUGAUUUGAUUUCGGUUUUGUGCCAUCGGGUAACAAUAGGGAGGGAUUGAUUCCUGCUGAGUGUCCCCAGUAUUGCUGUUACUGAACGGCUACACAAUGUUCUUACCUAAAGUUUUGAUAGAGAGGCGUCCAGUUUGUUUGUGAUGGAACUCACGUGAUGAAGUAAGCGUACUGUAUGAUUUAUAUAUCCUUUAGUUGGUCAAUAUGAAUUUUAGAGAGAAUACAUAAAAAGUAACAAUAGUUCUAACUUCAUGCCACUAGAUCAAGGUCAUUUUAGUAUUUUUUACUUUGGAACUUGUAUUUGAAUUGAACUGUCUGUCAAAAGAUUGACUUACUAUUUAUGUUUAUUAUAUUAACAUAUCAAUAUAAUACCCCUGGUAUAGCAGGGUGUGGACAUAGAAACCAGAAUGUUGGAUUGUGGUUCAUUGCCAAACUAAAGACACUUCAGCAAUCCUGGCAAUUCUGAGGCUUGUGAUGUAGUUAUAUUAAGACAAAAACAUUUAAAUGAACAUUUGUACAUAAAUGAAUGUUUCCCUAUGUAAAUGUAAACUAAAAAAAAAAAAAACAAUCAAAUAACCUAUUAAGCAGAUAUACAUUUUGUAAUUAAUGUUAUUACACUGUUGAUGUUAUGGCACGUGUAUGAAAA